GCUGGAAGAGGCACAACGAUCAUCGUUGCGCGACAGGAAGCUUCUGGUUAGGACAGUGUACAACAUGGUCAAUUCCCUCCCUUUCGUCCUCUCAGCGUUCAAGAUGAUCGCACGGCCUGCCGCGCUAGUGGCCGAGUUUGAAGGCGGCCACUCGGACGCGUCAAAGCACAUUUUGUGCGUCAAUCUCCCUCCUAGGGCGCUCGUCUGUGCUGCCCAGUGGUCCUGGUACAUUGGCGCGGCUGGAACAGGCGAAGGCCAACUCUGUCUAGCCGCCCCACCNAAGAGAACGAGAAAGAGUGAUGGG